AUGAGAGGAAGCUCAGUAUCUUCGCUAUUUGUAUUUAACCCGACCCUAAAGCCAGCUUGGCCUCAUCCUACAGAAGAAGACUAUACGCUCUGCAAGCUGAUGUAUUACUAUCCAGAGACGGCGCCAUCUUAUGAGAUGCAAUCUCAUGUAGGCUUGGCUGAAGGGCUCGGGAUGUUUGUGAGCCAGUUUUCUUCGAAUCCACUAGAAAGCAUUCAUACAGAAAAACACACACAUAUCCUUUAUCAAUGCGAGCCUAAUCUUUAUGUCUGUAUUGUGCUGCAGCACAAUACACAAGGGGAAGGAUUUAUUAGACAGCAAGAUUUAGAGACACACCCUGAACUUCUUCAGCAGAUCGCCCAGGCAUAUUACAAAAACUUUUAUUUAUUCCAUGGCCCUCUGCGUAAUUUUGCAUAUCCUCAAGAUAUUCCAGUCUUAAAAACUUUAUUAUCGGAUUAUACAGCCGCGUUUCUAUAUGAGCAGUCUACAAAGGAAGACCCAUUUGAAGGGUUUUAUUAUUGUCCUUUAGACCGCAAGGUGUAUAUGUUUGUGGUAUUUUUACUGACCCAAUUGAGCUCGGCAUACCCAGAAAUUCAGCACAUCAUGCUAACUUAUGAAGGAUAUUUGGUGUCCACCACCCUGCCACAAUCAGCAGCGCUUAUUCUUUAUAUAGGCAUAUCCUAUAAAUAGCCCGAUAUGGGCUAGGGAUAGAGGCCAAAACUUCCCACUUGGUUCGACCAGCCCAUUUUGGCCUCUAUCCGCAGCCCAUAUCGGGCUAUUUACAGGAUAUGCCUAUAACUAUUUUUCAAGAAACAAGCAGUGGAAAAAAAUUUCUUCAUUUAAACGAGAGCCAUCUCCUAAUGCUUGUCAAUAUGCGAGGUCUUUUAGCUACCCGAAAAAAGGAUUUUUAUAUGGAAAACAAGAUCAGAUUGUCAAUACUCCUAUUGUGCAUUUAGAAGGAUGCGAGCCUAUGAAGCUUGUCACGUGGUGCCAGGACAGUUUGCAGCUUGUUUUGCUAUUGAGAAAUACUGAAAUUAAUAUAGGUGUGCUAGAUGCCCUUUCAGCUUUGUUAGAAAGCACUUCAGAGGAUUUAAUUUCUGCAAUUAUGCCGCAGCACCAAAGGGCUAGCAUGCAGGAGGACAAUUUUAGGUUUAUUUAUUUCAAUAUGAUGAAUCUUGCAAUAAAGCAAAGCACCAGACUCACCACAAUUGACGAUAAUUUGUAUAGGCUGAUUACAACUUUAUCAGCGCAAAUGAAAGAAACUAAUAAUAAAACAGACGCUUUGGUGAAAACACUUAUAAGGACUCAUACAGCCUGGGUUUUGGCAUUAAAAACACUUGAAUCUAGAGAAAUCUAUGUAAUUUUACCGCCAUCGACUGCCCCGGCGAACAGAGUAGAAGAAGAAAUAACCAGAUUUGUGAGCCAUUAUUUCCACAAUAUUUUUACAGGGAUUUAA